GAGACAUAUUAUCCGAAUUCAGUUAUUUCGUGCGGGUAUUGUGAGGAGCAGAAAAGCCUGUUUAGCAGCCAGCAGAGAGGUAUGAUUGCUUCAAGCUUAUUGUUGUAGACCUUUAUUCCGGACUGAGGAAAGUGGAAUACGAUUCUCACCAACUUUAGUUUAAUAUUCCUACAAGUUACUGAGCAACGAUCUUAACAUACGUAUUAAGCAACUUGGAAAGGCAAGAUUUAUCUUUGUUCUACAUGACCAGAAUUCUGAUUAUCAAGAACGGAUUCCUGUUGUGCAGCUGCACAAUCCGGGUCAGUUACAGCAUUGCUGUUGUACAAACAGUUUUAAAACCUGGGCUAUUUUCUUUGUUAAAAAAGGUUUACACAUCAGCAGAAAUAGAUUUAGCUGGCAGUCAAAGGAAGCCAGUGUUGAAUGACUAGCCGAAUGUCCACUCCCUACAAUACAGAUCCAGCAAACGAAGCCAUUUCAUUCCACCUUUUUUUCCAAGAUGCAACUCCACCGUAAACCUAACCCAGGGGAAAAGUCUUCACAGUGAUUCAAAAGGGAGCGUAACUUUAGUAGGGACAGUGUUCACCAUGGCAGCCUCAAACACUACGUGUACCCCUGACGACUCAUUUAAGUACAUAUUGUACACCAGCGUGUACAGCAUGGUGUUUAUCAUCGGCCUCGUAUCAAAUUGUGUGGCACUGUACGUUUUGAGGUGUUCCUUAAAACUCCGAAACGAAACGAUAACCUACAUGACCAACCUGGCCGUGUCAGACUUGCUGUUUGUCUUCACGCUGCCCUUUCGGAUUGUCUAUUAUGUGACCAGAGACUGGCCCUUUGGGGAUUUGCUGUGCAAGGUUUCGGGAACGCUAUUUCUCACUAACAUGUAUGGGAGUAUCCUCUUCCUGACCUGCAUCAGCGUGGAUCGAUUCCUGGCCAUCGUCCAUCCUUUUAGGUCAAGAACGCUUAGAACGAAAAACAAAGCUAUAAUUGUAUGUGUGGCCGUGUGGCUGACGGUGCUCACCGGAAGUGUGCCAGCAACCUUCUUACGAACCACCAAUGGCACAGCCAAUCAGACCAAAACCUGCUUCGAAAACUUCUCCAGCCACAUCUGGAAAAACUUUCUGUCAAAGAUUGUCAUUUUCAUUGAAAUCGUGGGCUUCUUUAUCCCUCUACUGCUGAACUUCUUCUGUUUUUUAAUGGUGCUAAAGACUUUAAAACAGCCCAUUACCCUUGCCCGCAGCAAAUUCAACAAGAAGAAAAUCCUCCGCAUGAUUGUGGUCCAUUUCCUCAUUUUUAUCUGCUGCUUUGUACCCUACAAUGUAACCUUGGUGAUGUACUCACUGGUGAGGACUGGGGCGGUAUGGAACUGCUCUGUGGUGGCCAUAGUUAAAACAAUGUACCCCAUCACCUUGUGCUUUGCCGUCUCCAACUGCUGUUUUGACCCAAUUGUUUAUUAUUUCACUUCUGAAACCUUUCAGAAUUCCAUCAAGAGAAAAUCCAAGUCAUUGAGACUUGACUCGGACUUUUCCGAAGCUUUGCACACUGCCAGCUUCCUCAGUAAUAAACAACGGACACUAAAAUCCAAAAUGCUCAAUUCAGAGUCGACUGUUUAAAAUCUCUGCGGCUAUCUUUGUAGCCGAUGAACUUUGAGACCAAUUAUAAAUUUCGAGAUUUCGUAAGCAUGUGUUUUUAUUCUUAUGCAAACGCAAGAAGUUUCUGUGCGAAUAUAUGACCUCAUGUACUUGAAACCCAGAGCAGUAAUUAUUGCCCCUGUCAAUGGGGUGUAGAUAAUGGUUCUGAAGAGAGUAUAAGAUUGAAAACUAAAGUCCUCUGUAGCUAUACCAGGGAAAUCGCACAUCAUGGU